GAGUAGCUUGAUGCUACUUCCUGGAAGACUGACAGCUUCCAGCGCUCCCUUCGUCUCAGCGGCUCCCGUUGUGUGAGGAAGCGGGCAGGACUCUCCUCUUCCUCGGGUCGUCCGACUGCGUUUCUCACCACUUUCUUCACGAAAGCCAGUGGGGAGAAGUUCUCGGUGUGGAGUUGACCACCAGGCCCGGGUUAUGAAAGUGUACCGGGCGCACGGAACAAAGUAGAAGCGAAGGAAUAGCGGGGUGUUUGAUGGCUGCUGGGGAUGGAGCCCAGCUGCCGGCCACAGUAGCGGCCAGCCGAAACGUGGAGAAGGCGCUGGAGGAAGCUGCCGCGAGUGGAGCGCUCAACUUGGCCAACAGAAAACUGAAGGAGUUUCCCCGCAACGCCAAGAACUACGACCUGUCCGACAUUACACAUGCAGAUCUCUCCAAGAAUCGUCUGUGUGAGCUGCCAGAGGAGCUGUGUCAGUUUAUCUCCCUGGAGACUCUGAGCCUUUACCACAAUGGCAUGCGCUCAUUGUCGUCCAGCCUGGGGAACCUCCAGGCCCUCACCUACCUCAACCUCAGUCGAAAUCUUCUCUCCAGUUUACCCCCGUCACUGUUCCAGCUCCCCCUCCUAAGAGUUCUUAUCGUCAGCAACAACAAGCUGUCGUCUCUGACCACCUCCAUAUACUCGCUUACACACCUACGCCAGCUGGACGUCAGCUGCAAUGAGCUGCAAUGCUUGCCUGCGGAGCUUGGCCAGUUGGAGUGCUUGAGGGACCUGAACUUGAGAAGGAACCAGCUCACCACUUUACCUGAGGAAAUCUCAGAGCUCCCACUAGUGCGCCUCGAUGUGUCCUGUAAUCGGAUCACCCACGUGCCGUUGUGCUACCGGCACCUGCGUCAUCUCCAGAGCAUCUUACUGGACAACAACCCGCUUCAGAUGCCCCCAGCCUCCAUCUGCUCCAAAGGCAAAUACCACAUCUUUAAGUACCUGAACAUGGAGGCCUGUAAGCGGAGCCAGGAGGAGCUGGAGAGACACCUGCGGCCUACUGGAUUCAACAGCUGUCUGUCUGACCAGGAGCUGUUCUCGGGUCCUUUUGGAGGCCUGGACUCUGGUUUUAAUAGUGUGGACAGUGGCAGCAAGAGGUGGUCUGGCAAUGAGUCGGCGGAUGACUUCUCAGAGCGGUCCCUUCGAAUGAUUGAAGUCAGCAGAGACCAAAGAAACCUGGAGGAAGAGGAGGAGGAGGAGGAUGGAUCCCGCCUGAUUGCAAACAAAGUGAAUGGUGAGGCGGAGCAGGUGGACUUCAUCGACAGCAGUGUUACAGAAGAAGAGGAGGAUGAGAUCAGGGUAGAAGCGCCCACGCCUCCCCUCAGUGGGCCACCUCUGGGAAAAGGAGGAGAUUCACUCGCGCAUGCUGAGGACGCAACAACGCUUCGCUCCAGCCUCCAUGUGGAUGUGGGUCCCUCCUCAUCAGCCUCCUCAUCCCCGCUCUCCCCAUCCAGCCCGACCCUGGAGGAGCGCCGGAGGCCCGGGACGCUGCAGAUCUGGCAGGAGAGGGAGCGACUGCAGCAGCAGCAGAGAGAGAGGCCCAGUUUGCUAAGGUCGUCCAGCAAAACAGGAAGUCAAGUGGUCACGCCAGCGACAGGAAGUAGAUCUGGCGGUACCUCGCCAGAGCUCAGCGGUUCCCACAACGGUCUGCGGCACCGAUGUGCUAGUGCAGAUCAGAUGAGCGCCACUUCUUCUACAUUUCUUCAACGCUCCACUAGCAGAACAGAUGUUCCGUCCUCCCCGAAAACAUCCCCCACUGCUCAGAAGCCCAACAGUUUCCUGUUCCGCGCUUCUUCCCGCAGCAAUGUCAAGCCCACAGGUUUUACUCUUGGUGAGUUUGGGAGAAGUGACUCUCGGACGACCCUUCGUAUGCCGAAAGAAGAGAGACCGGAAGUCACGCAGUUGCGCAAGACUCUGGAGUCCAGGCUGAAGAUCACUCUGGCGGAAGACCUUGGUGAAGCCCUAUCAAACGGCACCGUCCUCUGUCAGCUGGUGAACCAGAUCCGACCGCGGUGUGUGACGGUCAUUCAUGUUCCCUCCCCUGCAGUGCCAAAGCUGAGUUCAGCAAAGAGUCGACUGAACGUGGAGAACUUUGUCGCUGCGUGUCGAAAGCUGGGCGUCCCUGAGAGAGACAUGUGCGUGUGCUCUGAUGUGCUUCUGUGUAAGCUGCCUGCUGUGCUGCGCUGUGUGGCCGCUCUGAUGGCCACCGUCAGGGGGCAGGACGCCGUCAAGGAGCAGCCACUCCUCACCCACAAGCCAUGUGCUCAGACCUCUUCGUCCACCUCCUUGUCCUCGCUGCUAUCCACAGAUUUCCUGCUCUUCUACUGCGUGGCCAUGACGCUGCUCUACGUCGUCUACUGCUGCCUGCUGGCGUAGAGCGGUAUAACACACAGGUUGUCUCACGUGAAGGUGUGUGGGGUGUAAGCACACGUGUUGAAGUAAGCUCGCACCUUGUGAAUGAAUCCAGCGGCUGCAGCACAAACGCAAAAGAGAGCACCGCAGCCGACAUGGAGAUGCCUUAGUCCUGCGACGCCUUCUCUCCACACCGUCUUUAUACACCACAGUCUGCGGCAGAAAUGAUCUCAGGCUUGGGGAGGUGGAGGAGCCAGCACUGAUAUCUCAAUUUCAUUCAUGGUUAAAGCUUUGUUUACACUUUAUUCAAUCUUGUAGCUUUAGUCUCUUUUGUAAAUCAGAUAAAAAAUAAAUAAAGCAAGAACCAGGGACAGACACAAAACCUACAUACAACCUUGUUACCUGAGAGAAAGGGAUUGAAAUGAUCUGCCGUUGCGUUGAUAAAUGGAUGGGUCGCACCUAAGUGAGCACUUUAGUUUAUGUUAGCACUUUUGCCAAGUUCAAUUCAGUCAUUUAUAUACAGGUUUCAUUUGACAAAUAGCUGUGUUGUAUUUGCAAAAGUCUGAUCAAACAACUGGCAUUAUAAAUGAAGACAUGUUGGCACUGACGUUUCAAAUGAAAUAUCGGAAUUGGGAUUCAUAUAAUCUCUUAUAUAGUUCUUAUGUAGAAACGGCCCAGAAAUCAUUUCCCAUCAUUGAUGUUCUGUUCAUACAUGUAUAUUUCACAAAGUAAGUGCAACUCUGCUGAGGUCAUUGUAAAGGGAGGAGGUGCUUAGUGUGAAAAGUAUGGUACCAAGUUCAUUGGUCCUCUUCAGUGUUGUGACCCUUCUCCCCAGGUCCGACAUGGUUUCUCGCCCCAGAUUUGUGUAUUUUAUCCUGCAUGUUGGUCAAAACAGUUAAACUGUGAAUGUUAAACCCGGAGACAAGUCGUACGACCAGAAACAAAGACGAAUAAGACAGUGCCUCGUUUUAAAGAGAGAAUGACUGCAGAUCUGUCUGCUGUGUUUAAAUGUGAGAGCAGGGGGCGGUGUUCCGGUACCAACCGUGAGAGUGAGAGUAAGAGUUAGACUUUGCUGUUUGGCCCGUUUGCCCCGCUGACUUUGCCACACUUUUGUAUAAAUGUAAACAGGUUCAUAAUUUAUUGUUUUUCUUUAUUUAUUUAGAGUUGUCUCCUGUUUUGGGAGCUCCUACGGCCUGGUGAAGCUUUUUAGAAUCGACGCGUCUGCUUUCAAUCACUCGCAUAUACGUGAAUUAGACCUGAUCAAUAUUCAACUAUUCUGCGCUGUGUUUGGGCUCUAAUGGUCUGUGAUGACUUUGAUUGUCUAGCUAAUGUGAAUUUUACAUCCAAGCUGCCAGAUUGCAACAAUUGUUCAGCCAAUUUUCCACAGAAAACCUAGAGAAGUUAAACUCCGUAAUUAUAUUUGCGCUUCAACAAGAUAACUGGAGAUAAGUUUUUGUUUUGUUUUGUUGGUUUAUCCCCAGUUUUGUCAAACACACUAAGCAGUUUUCGACCAAAGACAACGCCUUUAGAGUCACAGUAACAUCCCUUAAGCUGCUUCAGACUGUUAAUGCAGUGUCACCUGCUGCCACCAGAGGGUGCUUCUCCCCUGUCAUCACUGAGAUGGGGGGCGACUCCCCACCUUUAUCGUUAAAAGUGAGAUAAGAUACGAUUAAUAUAAGCUAUCCCGCUGCACAGAUCUUACUCAGCCCUAGUCAACGAAAAAGUAAAGUGAUAUACUGCCCUUAAUGUGUUCACUCUUUCUGCACUGAAUGCGGCGACUUAAACAAGCGACACCCACCGAUGUUUUUCUACACUCAAGCUCUUACCUUUAUACUCAGAUGAUAUUUUAUAAACUGGACUAUUCCGCCACCGACGUUGACCCAAAACUAUCUUUUAAUAUCUUACCAGAACACAAAUGCUGUCGUCUUUUAUAUUUAUAUGACAUCCUUGUAUUAUUAAGAGUCUUUUUUUGAGUUUAUAUAAAUCUAUAUGUAAAUGUUUUUUCUUCUCCUGCUGUAAAGAAUUUAUUAAACCUGAACUUUGAACUUU